CAAUAUCCAGACUAUUAUGCAAUAAUUAAGGAGCCUAUAGAUCUCAAGACCAUUGCCCAGAGGAUACAGAAUGGAAGCUACAAAAGUAUUCAUGCAAUGGCCAAAGAUAUAGAUCUCCUAGCAAAAAAUGCCAAAACUUAUAAUGAGCCUGGUUCUCAAGUAUUCAAGGAUGCAAAUUCAAUUAAAAAAAUAUUUUAUAUGAAAAAGGCAGAGAUUGAACAUCAUGAAAUGGCUAAGUCAAGCCUUCGAAUGAGGACUCCAUCAAAUUUGGCUUCAACCAGGCUGACAGGUCCUUCGCACAGUAAAGGCAGCCUUGGUGAAGAGAGAAAUCCCACUAGCAAGUAUUACCG